AUGCCUAUCACUGAAGUGACUAGCUAUAUAUUUAGCAACGAUACAGACGUCACAUGUCCUUUGACGUUGAGAAAAAAUGACGAGACAGGGUAUUUCCAGUUGAAUUCAUUCUUACCUUUACUGAAACAGUUGCACGAAAAUAAAACUACUGACUCUAUCAAUACUGAUCAGCUUAUUGAAGACACUAAUACUGUAGGUGCUAUUUCUGCUGAAUUGCAGGAUUUGCUGUUGUCUAAGUAUGGUGUGCUCGUUGAUACGGAUUCUGAUGGCAAUAAGUGGAUUACCCAGGAUAAAGCGUUUCAACUUUUAGAUAUGUUCAGUAUUUUACAUCUUUUCAAAGAUAAAUUUGAUACUAAGAAGAGGACCAGUAAUGAUCAAAACACUUUGGGUUCACCUUUAAAGAGAUUCAAAAACAAUAACCAUACCAUCUCUGUCUUUGACCACGACCUAUCAACUGUAACCGAACCUAUUCAAAUUAUGGAUACUCUAGAAGCCACAACUGCUCCAGGUAACGACGAAAGAGUGAAAUUGGAGGUGUUUUUGCAAAAAUUAUUAUUUCCCAACGUGGAGACAAGUGACGGUAACGAUAAUAAGAUUAAUAACGAUGGUCUUCCACAACCAUCUUUUGAAACCACACUCCAAGAGGUCAACAUGGCGUAUCCUCAUGUGGCAUUAAACUUAGAUAUACCGGUAGAUGAGCACAAUAACACUCCAUUACAUUGGUUGACUUCCAUAGCAAACAUUGAUUUAAUAAAACAAUUGGUGAAAAUUGGUGCAAAUAGGUUAAUCGGCGAUAAUCAAGGUGAAUCAUCCCUGGUAAAAUCAGUUAAAUCAGUUAAUAACUAUGAUUCAGGUACCUUCGAAGAAUUAUUGGAUUAUUUAUAUCCUUGCAUCAUUUUAAAGGAUAGGUUGGAUAGAACCAUUUUACACCAUAUAGUCAUCACAUCCGGUAUGAAUGGUUGCUCAGCGGCAGCCAAAUAUUAUCUAGACAUACUGAUGGGUUGGAUUGUGAAAAAGCAAAAUAGACCAAUUGAUGGUAAUAGCAUGGACCCCAUUUUGAAAAAUAUUGAUUUGAAAUGGAUUAUUUUAAAUAUGCUAAAUUAUCAGGAUUCGAACGGAGAUACAUGUUUAAAUAUCGCUGCUAGAUUAGGAAACGUUGCUAUUGUCGAUGCCUUGUUGGAUUAUGGUGCAGAUCCUUAUAUUGCUAACAAAUCUGGUUUGCGUCCUACAGAUUUUGGCGCUGGUACUUCAAAACUGCAGCAAAAGUUAAAUAACAAUAUCGACAAUAAUAUUUCUAUGACAAGUAGUAUAAAUGAUGAACAAAACACCAAUCAAGAGGCUAAUGUGGAUGAUGAUGAACUCGAUGGAAAAUUAGAUAAUUUAAUGAAGAAGCCGGACACUAUGACUUUGAUUGAUGAUAUAAAAUCGCUGCUAGCAACGGUGUCUCAAGAUUAUGAUACAGAAGUUCAACAGCACAAUGAAAAGUUAAAAAGUUUGCGUAAAGAGCUAUCAUCAAAACGUCUAGAACUGAACGAAUCGAGAAAACAGUUGACUUAUGUCAAAAACUUACGAGAUGAAUACAAUUUGUUGAAAGAACAAUUAUCCAACUUAGAAAGCGGAAUUGCUGAGGAAGAAAAUAAUUUUAAACAAGAAAGCGAAAAACUAGGUAUCUCUUCAGAUGAAACUACUGGUAUAGAUUGGGAUUCAAGUGAAUUUGACGCUGAUGAGCCAUUCAAGAUUGACUUUGUUUAUGACUUCCUAGAAAAUAAAGUGUCCAAUGAAUACGAUGGUGAUAUCGACAAAUUACUUUUAAAGGAGUCUAUUGACUCGCUUGCAAGUCAGAUACGAUCCUCCGUUGAACCAAGCAAUGGCGAUUCAAAGGAAACUAUUGCUGUGGAUAAUAGAGGCGCAGAAGAUGAUAUUGCAAGUAAUAGAAGCAAAUUGGAAGCAAUGCUUCCACCUACCGUACUACUGAGAGCAAGAAUUAAUGCCUACAAAAAAAAUGACGAGCAUUUACAAAAUAUGCUUGGUGAAAUAAAGGAUAAGCAGUCAAAUCUAGAAAACAAAUUUAGAAGAGUGUUAUCAUUAUGUCUUAAGAUUGACGAAGAAAAGGUAGAUGAUAUGUUGGAUGGUUUAUUGCAGGCAAUCUCUUCGGAAGAUCCACAAGACAUCGAUACAGAUGAAAUGCAAGAUUUUUUAAGAAAGCACGCCGUUUAA